GGUUAAGGGGGGUUGGAUAUGGGGAAGUAGGAGAGGCAAGGGAAAGGCAUGGCCAUCUGGUUGUGCUCCUGCAUGCACACACACCUUUCAAACACCUCCAGUCCUGUGACAUGGUGCCGGGACUGUGCCAGCCACUCUGGUGGAAGCAGCUGACUACUGCCCUGGAAGAAGAGUGUUGAGGAUUAUAUGUAGUACAUAUGGAGCUGAGGAGUUGCAGAAGAAACUAGGACAGACAGCUGAUAAGAUCCCUUUUUCUGCUUGCCCUUGGAGAGCUGGCCCGAUCUGAGUCUAGUUUUAAAAAAGGCAUCUGAUGAGCCUGGCAAGUGCAACGGUGCCAACAUCAACGGCUGGCUUUCAAGGCGGGGCACGCCAGCGAGAGUUGAUCAUGGAGCAGAAAGUAAGCAAACUGACGUCUGGCUUCCAACGCAGUUCCACCUCAGAUGAUGACUCAGGCUGCGCGCUAGAAGAGUAUGCCUGGGUACCACCCGGCCUUCGCCCUGAGCAAGUCCAGCUAUACUUCUCUUGCCUGCCAGAGGACAAGAUUCCAUAUGUAAACAGUCCAGGAGAAAAGUUCAGGAUCAAGCAGCUACUCUACCAACUACCGCCACAUGAUAACGAGAUCCGUUACUGCCAGUCUCUCAGCGAGGAAGAGAAGAAGGAGCUGCAUAUGUUCAGCGUCCAGAGAAAGAAGGAAGCACUGGGGAGGGGCACACCGAAGCUGUUGCCCCGCAGUCGUGUGAACAGCAUUUGUGUGCAUUGUGGUGAGAGCAUCAACGGUGGCGAAAUGGUAGUAUUUGCAGCCAGAUCGGGUCCUGGAACGUGCUGGCACCCAGCGUGCUUUGCCUGCUCCACAUGCAAUGAACUGCUGGUGGAUUUGAUCUACUUCUUCCACAAUGGGAAGAUCCACUGCGGAAGGCACCAUGCAGAACUUCUCAAACCUCGCUGCUCAGCCUGCGAUGAGAUCAUCUUUGCUGAUGAAUGCACAGAGGCUGAAGGGCGUCACUGGCACAUGAAGCACUUUGCCUGUUUUGAAUGCGAGACAAUUCUGGGGGGCCAGCGCUACAUCAUGAAGGAUGGACGACCCUAUUGCUGUGGCUGCUUCGAGUCUCUGUACGCAGAGUACUGCGAGGCAUGUGGAGAACAUAUCGGUGUUGACAAUGCUCAGAUGACAUACGAAGGUCUCCACUGGCAUGCUACUGAGAGCUGUUUCAGCUGUGCUCAGUGUAAAAGCUCCCUAAUUGGCUGCCCCUUCCUACCACACCAGGGUCGUAUCUACUGCUCUAAGGCCUGCAGCCUCGGGGAGGAUGUGCAUGCAUCCGAUUCCUCUGACUCUGCCUUCCAGUCAGCACGUUCCCGUGAGUCACGUCGCAGUGUACGCAUGGGCAAGAGCAGUCGAUCGGCUGAUCAGUGCCGUCAGUCGCUCCUUUUCUCCCCUUCGGUCAACUAUAAGUUUCCUGGAUUUAGUGGAAACCCUGAAGACACCAUGACCAACAAGCUUGCCCACUUGAACCUAUCUGACGAGCAUUUCUGGAGAGUGCGUGGUGAAGAGAACGAGGCACCUGAGGAUCAAGGGGAAGAGUGGGCAGAGCAUGAAGACUACAUGACUCAAUUACUACUAAAAUUUGGUGAAAAUGGAGUUUUCAGACAAGCCAGUGACAACAGACCCACAGAUUUUUGGGUUGCAGAAAGUGAUGCAAAGUCAAAGCAGGAGUCAUUCAAAGCUGGUUGCAGUGGCGAAGGAAGGGGCAGUCUAGCUAGCAAGAAAUACCAAGCUGACAUGUACUGGGCCCAGUCCCAAGAUGGGCUAGGAGACUCGGCAUACGGUAGUCACCCGGGCCCAGCAAGCAGCAGGAAGAUCCAAGAACUUGAGCUGGACCAUGGAGCUGGACCAAGCAUGGGAGAUGAAUCGCAAUGGUACAGUGGUUCUUUGGAGUGCAUUGGUGACUUCAAAAAGAAUGAUCAGAGUGUUAGAGACUCCAUGGACUCACUGGCCCUCUCCAAUAUUACUGGGACCUCUGUUGAUGGUGAUAGUAAAGACAGACCUUUGGUCUACUCCAUGCAAGGUUUCCAUGAGCUUGAGACAGAAGACUGUGAAAAAACAAGUAACAUGGGAACACUCAACUCCUCCAUGUUACACAGGAGUACAAACUCACUGAAGAGCCUUGUUUCUGAGCAUGAAAUAGAGGAAAAUGUGGUCGAAAAAGAGGCCAUAUGUCUCCCAGAAGCGAGACCUAAAUCACAUGUCCCUGCCCUUCGAAGGUCACGUUCACAAGCUAGGCAGCAGCAAGUGAAAUUCUCAGAUGAUGUGCUUGACCGCUAUAGUGACCUUCAGGUGCGACCGCCCCCAAUGAGCGAACGGACUCGCCGCAAGGCUUUUAAUUUUGAGGAGCAGGGCCAAGAAAAUCCUUCUGGACGAAGCCAUCACCAUCACAAGAGGCGUCAUAGUCGCAAGUCACGCUCUGACAACGCUCUUAAUCUUUUGCCAAAAGAAAGGCCCAAAGGAGGUUAUGAAAUCGACCAAAGACUGAAUGCACAUGGUUUAAGGAGAGACCAUGGUUUCCAUGGACACCCACCGGCAGGCACCAUGUCAGAUUACAGGCUUCGGGGUUCAGCCAUGGGUAGGUUCUUGGAUCUAUGUGAGGACGUUGACGAUUGGUGCUCAACAUGCUCGUCCUCUUCAUCUGAUUCUGAAGAGGAGGGCUUUUUCCUGGGUCAGCCCAUUCCUCAGCCGAGGCCAUUUAGACAUUACUAUACUGAAGACUUGCCCAGCCCUGUUGCAGGCAUAUCCCCCCCUCCCUAUGGCCUAAGGACUAAAUCCAAAAAGAAGAAAGGACAUAAGGGUAAAAACUGCAUCAUUUCAUAGGCUAUUUCUCACCAUUGGGUUGUUCACCUCCUCUGCAACUGUCCAACAUUAUGAAUUUAAAGACCGUGAGACUGCCUCCUACUAAACGCUUGUCAAAUAUAUAUGACGUAUUGUCAGUGUACGCUUCUGUGGCAUUACAACCUGCUGGUAAAUUUGUUCCGUAUUUCAGAGUAUUGCAUAUUUAUAAAAAUACCAGUUAAAUAUAAUAUUAAAUGUAUAUAAUGUAGAGAUAAAAAAUGUGGCUAUUUUUAUACCGUUGGCUUAAUGACAUGCUUAUGUAACCAAACAGCAUUAACAUUAAACUAAUGGUAGAUUUUUUUUUUCCCCUCAAUGAAGGUGCAACACAUUUUGACUUGUGACCUCAUGUAUGCAAUGUAACUGGCUUGUGCAGCUCUGACAUACAAAAUCACGGUUUACUUUAGUGGUGGUCAAGUUUUAUUGUAAGCCAACUAUUGUCAUCUGUAUAAAUGUAUAAACUGAAGUAUAAGGUUAACAUAAUUGUAAUAA